GCUAAACCAGCAGGCAGAGUGCGGAAGUACAUGCAAGGCGUAAACAACUCGUCUCUGCAACUGUUGUCUCACUUGCUACUGUGAACAUGAGCUAACUGACCGACAAACCUCCACGAAGCAAAUUCGCUAGAAAAGAUCCAACAUGAGUCAUGGCUAUCCUUUCCUGCUCUGUAUGGCAGUCGUCUCUGCCUUCCCAAUGCUGCCUCCACAAAUGUGGACAAAACUCAUCCUCACUCACCAUUGGCCCAACACCUUCUGUGGCAUGGAGCACUGUCACCCGAACAUUAGUUACUGGACACUACACGGGUUCUGGCCCGACAAAGGGAAUCUUUGCAACUCAUCAUGGCAUUUCAAUUCUUCUGAAAUAGAGGAUUUGCUCCCAGACAUGGAGAAGAGUUGGCCUGACUUACUAAAACCAACAUCAGCUGGAUUUUGGAAGUAUGAGUGGAGCAAACAUGGCACUUGUGCUGCCAAAGCACCCUCGCUUGAUAGUCAACACAAAUACUUCAGCAAGGCCCUGGAACUGUAUCAUAAAGUGGACUUGAAUAGUAUCCUGAAGAAAUUUGAUAUUGUUCCGUCAGAAAACUACUACAAAUUUUCCCAAAUUGAAGGAGUCAUAGAGAACUUCUAUGGUGUCAAACCAAAGAUCCAAUGUGCCCACCCCUCAAAGAAUAGCGGUGCUCAGAUUUUGGGUCAGAUUGAGAUUUGUUUCAGCCCCGACUUCUCCCUCACAGACUGCGACAAACACCUCUCACUGGAGAUCUUCUCUAUUGAAGACCAGAGAUUUUCCAAAGGAUCUGGUUUCAGUGUCUGUGAACAUGACAUACCAGUUUACUAUCCACCUGUUUGAAAACACACAACAGUGUUUACUAUUGCACACAUAUUGUAUACUCUCUUAGAAGUUUACUCCUCAACUGUACUGUAAAUUUAGCAAGGAGCAAUGCAAACAGCCUGGUCAUAAUAACUGUACUUUUUCUGGUAAUAGUUUGUCCAUAAAAAGCAACAGUCAGUGCUAUACCAGAUUCUGUCGCUUUCAAUCUCCUGUAAUUUGAAUUGUUUUUUAUUUAAAGUAAAAAUUUAAUUACCUAUGAUAUUCACAAGAUGAACUAACUAUUCUGCCAAUUUAGAAAGCUUAUAAAUCAUUUCAACAAUGUGAAAAUCUUUUGGUUUCCUUUGUUCCUUACAAUAAUUGCACAAUAGGGUCUUCACACUCAGCGAUUCUUAUUGCUGAGCUUUCCUCAUGUCGCUCAUCUUAAACCUUGUGCCUUUUCAGGCCGUUAACGCUAACAAUAUUAACAUUAGAGUGUAUGACAAGUAAAUAAGUAGCUCUAAGAAUUAAUGGUAGUUGUAAAAUACACCAUUUUUUAUUGAAGGUGUUUUGUUUUAUAGUUCAAGCCUAUUUAAAGUUCACAUGUCAAUGUGAAGUGGUCUGUCCUGGAAUACAGAGAAGCUUCACAAUGCUUAGCAUUUGUCAACCCGGUCAUAGCCUAGUAUAACUAUUGAUGCUGUUGUUCGUGUGGUGUAAAUGAAUUGAUUAUCCCUGCAGUGUAUUAUUUUUGUUAAAUGUCAAAAUAUGUUUUGAUUCAGUGUAUGUUGCAUAAAAAACAAAUCAUGUCUAUAUCAUUAAAUGUAUUU